GCCAAGAGUUAUAAUGGCGUCUGUAUGAUCUCCUGAGGCAACUGUGUCGGAGCUCGGCCAAAGUGAGCGGCAGCAGGAAAGCAGACUCAUAGAAGAUGACAACAGCAGCUAGGCCAACUUUUGAACCUGCAAGAGGGGGGAGAGGAAAAGGAGAAGGUGAUUUGAGCCAACUCUCAAAGCAAUAUUCAAGCAGAGACCUACCCUCUCAUACAAAGAUAAAAUAUAGACAGACCACUCGGGAUGCCCCUGAAGAAGUUCGGAACCGUGACUUCAGGAGAGAGUUGGAAGAGAGAGAGCGAGCUGCUGCAAGAGAAAAAAACAGAGACCGGCCAACCCGAGAACAUACAACCUCCUCUUCAGUGUCAAAGAAGCCUCGGUUGGACCGGAUUCCCGCUGCCAACCUCGAUGCAGACGACCCUCUAACAGAUGAGGAAGAUGAAGAUGAAGAUUUUGAAGAGGAGAGUGAUGAUGAUGAUACUGCAGCUCUUCUUGCGGAGCUGGAAAAAAUUAAAAAAGAAAGAACUGAAGAGCAGGCCAGGAAGGAACAAGAACAAAAGGCUGAAGAAGAAAGGAUUCGUAUGGAAAACAUUCUGAAUGGAAACCCUCUCCUUAAUCUCACUGGCCCAUCCCAGCCUCAGGCCAACUUCAAAGUUAAAAGAAGGUGGGAUGAUGAUGUUGUUUUCAAGAACUGUGCAAAAGGUGUAGAUGGUCAGAAGAAAGACAAAAGAUUUGUAAAUGAUACGCUGCAAUCUGAAUUUCACAAAAAGUUCAUGGAGAAAUAUAUUAAAUAGUACAGUUUUAUGUGCUUAA